GAGCUGUCACAAUUGAUACCACCUUUUAUUAUUGCAUCAUGGCCUUAUUAUACUUUUUUUGCUCCUCAUUAAUUGCAACCAUGCAAUGUUCUUAUCAGACUUUUUUUGUUGCAUAAAAACUGGAGAAUGAUAAACAACGAUAACAGUUGCUAAUAUGAAAAUUAAUUAGAAUAUUUUUGUUUUGCAAAACAAUUUGAUUUCCGUACCUGCAAAUACAUUAUUCGAAUUGGAGCAACACUUUUGUAUCUUUAUAUCAUUACGCCAAUCGAGUGUCAUAAGGAAUCGUAUCGAUCAAUUUAUUGCCAAGCGGAUCAAGGGUCAGGGUGCAAAAAUCGCAAUAUACGUAAUUCAAACAAGUGUAAUUUGUGCUCGAGCAACCAAAGCAAAUUUAAAUCAUGUCUUUUGGAAAACUAGUUGGCUCAAUUGAUGAAGGCACCACGUCCGCCCGCUUUAUGAUUUUUCGCGCUGGUACAAACAACGUCGUAUGCUAUCAUCAAAUUGCAGUGCCAUCUAUUUAUCCACAGGAAGGCUGGGUGGAACAAGAUCCCAUCAUCAUAUACGAUCUGGUUGUGGAAUGCAUGGAAGAAGCCGUAAAAAAAUUGGAAAAAUUAGGAGGAUCAGUUAAGGAUAUUGUUUCAAUUGGUAUAACAAACCAAAGGGAAUCAACUAUAAUUUGGGAUCGGGCAACCGGUAAACCAUUGCAUAAUGCCAUUAUUUGGUUAGAUAAUCGCACUUCAAGUACUGUUGAUGAACUGGUUGAGACUAUACCAAAUAAGUCGAGAAAUAUUAAUUACUUGAAACCACUAUGUGGACUACCUAUUUCACCAUAUUUCUCGGCCUUGAAAAUGCGCUGGAUGCGGGAUCAUGUUGGUGAAGUUCAGAAAGCUAUGGAUGCAAAUACCUGUCAAGUUGGAACUAUUGAUACAUGGUUAAUUUAUAAGUUGACGGGGGGACCUGAUGGCGGAGUCCACCUAACUGAUGUAACAAAUGCAUCGCGAACUAUGCUAAUGAACAUCGAGACUUUGAGAUGGGAUCCUCAUCUGCUACGUUUCUUUGGGUUGCCCGCUUCAAUGUUACCACAAAUUCGUUCGAGUGCAGAGAGGUACGGUGAUGUAGUUGUGGGUGCUUUGAAAGGUGUUCCAAUCGCAUCGUGUUUGGGAGAUCAACAGGCUGCCCUUGUAGGCCAGCAAUGUUUGAGUCAUGGACUUGCGAAGUCUACAUACGGUACAGGCUGUUUUCUUCUCUAUAAUACGGGAACAUCAAUUGUGCAGUCUAAGCACGGGUUACUUACAACGGUUGGUUAUCAACUAGGUCCGCGUGCACCGGUAAUGUAUGCUUUAGAAGGUAGUGUAGCAAUAGCUGGAGCAGCUAUAAAUUGGAUGAAGAACAACUUGGAACUAUUCGAUUCGGUCAGUCAAGUCGAAGAGAUGGCGGGCAAAGUUGAAGACUCUUUAGACGUUUAUUUUGUUCCUGCGUUCAGUGGGCUUUAUGCCCCAUAUUGGAACCAAGAAGCUCGUGGCGCAAUAUGUGGCCUCAGUGAAGAAACAACUAGCGAACAUAUCGUGCGUGCAACUCUGGAAGCCAUCUGCUUCCAAGUUAGAGAUAUUUUGGAAUCCAUGCGCAAAGACUGCGGUAUUCCUAUGACAAAAUUAAUGGUUGAUGGCGGUAUGACCGCAAAUAAUCUAUUCCUGCAGCUGCAAGCUGAUUUGGUGGGCAUCAAUGUCGUCCGUGCUAAGAUGCAGGAGACGACCGCAUUGGGUGCAGCACUGGCUGCAUAUAUGGUGGUAGAGCCAAGUUAUGACAUCACAGCACCUCUCGUCGGCAGUUCGGGUCAAUUGAGCACUUUUAAGCCGACCAUUGGAAAUCAUGAAAGAAAUAUGCGUUAUAAAAAGUGGAAGAUGGCUGUAGAGCGAUGCAUGAAUUGGGACACGUCUACGCUGACGGAAUCUUCAAAGCUGGACUUCUAAUAAUAAAAAUUUGGCUUGUAAACCAAUCGUUAUAAUUAGCUAAAUAAAAUAAACCCUUAUGUAAAUAGAA